UCCUCACUGCUGCCUCUUCCCUCAGGCGAAGAGCAGCCUGGCCACUAUGGCUGGCCGUGCCAGUAGGUUCAGGCCUGCACCAACUACCCCUUGUUCUUUUGUGCAGGGAAUGAUCUCUCUUCUCAGCCAUGCUGCUGAGAGCAACUUCCACACAGUCCUGGACACACUCAACAUGUUUGCGUCCAAGCUGUGCAAAGGCCAGAAUGCGAAGAUUUCCAUACUGAAGAAGAUGGAGCUGGGCAGCACGAGAGCUCAUGCCACACGCAGUGCUCUCAUCCUUGCCCAUGGCAGCUUAGCACUGCGAGCCUCCAAGGAACAACUGCUCACCCACCUGGAGGGAGACAUUGUGGGCAGCAUCCUGCUGCUUUACAGCUGCAGCUGCCAGGACUUGCAGAACAAGCUCGCGCUGGUGCAGAGCAUCACCGACUUCAGCUCUGCCUUCCAUGCUGUGGGUGACUCUGCCUGUUUUAACCCCUCCUUGAAGGGCAAGCUGCUGGAGAUCCUGAUGGACUUGCUGAAGAAGUAUUGCUUGGGUACCCCUGUCUCCCCAGUGCCCCUCAAGGUGGUUCUCUGUCCCUGA